CAAAAGGAAAAGUGAACUUAAAUAAAAUAAACAGAAAUAAAAAGAAAAGAAGUAAACAAAGCUAUUUAAUAAAAUAAAAAUAAGGGUUGUUUUUUGGCAACACAACAACAAGUGUUUGUGUGUAUAUUAAAAACAUAGUUGGCCCUGACCUGCCGCAUCAAGAAAAAACCAAGUGGACGGCUGCCGGAGACAGUUUGCCAACAACCAGCACCUAGGAAUCAGCUCAGCAACUAAGAGUUUUACCGAGAUCACAAGCUUUUACUGAAGUUAUUUGUUUUUCUGGGAGUGAUGCCAUUGGCAAGGGAAGCUGGAAAAGUUACUUUUAAUUGGAAAUCCCCUCAGAUGCUCUACGCUCUAUUUUUUUACAUAUUAACAUCAACAUUAGUGCUACGUGUGGGUUAUGAAAGGAUUAAAAUUUUAGUAACCAUUACCGAGUUUGACGAAUACAUUUACGCAAUCAUUUUUAUUAUUUUUUUAAUUCCGCACUUCUGGAUCCCAUAUGUUGGGUGGUGCGUGGCCGACCGUGUGGCUUAUUACAAAACAAUGUGGGGAUCAUUUCAAGUUCGAUUCUACCGCGUUACUGGUACAACUUUGACUUUUCCAACACUUAAUGCUUUAAUUAUUAUUCUUUUCAUCGGAUGUGUUUUACUGUCUAUUGUGUUUUUGUAUAGUCUUAGUCGAUUAAUGGAUGGGUUUCUACUGUGGCACACUGUUGCCUACUUUCAUAUUAUUACAAUGAUAAAUAUGAAUGCAGCCUUGCUUUACAUUAAUGCCAAAGCAACUAUAAGCGCAUCAAAUAGUUUAUCAGCACGUUUUGAGAAGGAUAUGAAAAUAUAUUGCAAAGCUCUCCAAAUUUCUCAAUACCGUAUUUUAUGGCUGAAUCUAAGUGAUAUUUUACAAACACUAGGUAAUACUUACGCCAGGACAUAUUCAACGUACUGCUUAUUUAUGUCGAUAAACAUCACAGUAGGGUCAUAUGGCGCAAUAUCCGAAAUAUUUGAUUCUGGUUUCUCAUACAAAGUACUAGGUCUAAUAGUACUAACAAUUUACUGUGCAUCCUUGCUUUUUAUAGUAUGUAAUUGUGCACACAACGCUACAGCAGUUAUAGCAUGUGGAGUUCAAGAUACUUUGCUUUCUGCUAACCUCCUUCAGAUGAACAUCCAAGCACAAAAGGAAAUUGAUCUUUUCAUAUCAGCAAUUGAGUUAAAUCCACCUGUUGUAAGCAUGGAAGGGUACGGACUUAUAAACCGAAAACUUUUAACAUCGACAAUUUCUACCAUUACUAUUUAUCUUAUUGUUUUGCUUCAAUUUAAAUUAAGCAUUAUUUCGGAAAAAAACAUAAAAGCAAAAUUUACCACAUAAAUAUUAAGAAAAAAUAAAUAAAAUAUAUAUGUCUUACAACAUCCUUGCAGUAUUAGUGAAUUCCGUUAGCGUACUUUUGAAAACUUGCAACGAGAGCAGUGUUGCCACAACAAAAUUUUUUUUCUAAUCAAAAUUCGAAUAAAAAAUAACCAA